AACCACAUGACCGAUUAACUCCCUUCUUCUUCCAUCUUAACCCACACCCACACACAAAAAUAAAAAAUAAUACUAAUAAACCAACCAAAAAAAAUCGAGGAAGAAAUUAGAGAGAGAGAGAGAGAGCACACGAAAUUAACCGGCGGCCAACCCAUCCACGCCCCGCCGCCUCGAUCCAAUCAGCCAUGGAGGGAUCCCUAGCCCGGCGCCGGAAGCUACCGCCGCCGGCGGCGGAGGCGGAGGCGGAGGCGGACGGGGAGAGCCUGGUGAUGUCUCUGUCGUCGUCGCCGAAGCAGCAGCAGCGGUUCACGGCGCUGGAGCUGGCGGCGGCGGAGCAGCUGAUCCACCUGAGCGAGAGCAGCUCGUCCCCGCGGUCGUCGUCCUUCUCCUUCACCUCCGCCUCCGCCUCCGCCUCGUCGCCGCGCUCCGUGAGCAACGCGCCGCGGCGUGGGGGUGGCCUGGGCGAGGCGGACGACGAGGACGACGAGCAGGAGGUGGGCGGGAGGCCGCGGAGGAACCGGAGGCUCCGCCCGAUCGCCGAGAUCUACGCCGCCACGGCGCCGAUCGGCGGCGGAAGGAAGGCCAAGGCCAAGGCCGCCGGCGUAGAGUAGUAGUAGCCGGCCGGGGAGGGACUUGUUUGUAAAUAUAAGUUAUUUGCAGGGACUAGCUUGUUGAGUAAGUAAUAUUUAAGGGCGUGAUUAGAUUAAUUGCUAGCGUAGCUUAGUUGUAAAUUAUGUUACUACUACUAGAGGUUUUGAGUUUAAUCAAUCAAUCGUCCUACUAUAAAUAUUAUCAUGUUUGUUUUCUUUACAAGAGGAAUGAAAAACCUAUAUAUAAUAA